AUGGGCAUUGUUGCUUGGCAAAAGUAUCUGGGCCUCGACGAGGGGUCCCGGAAUCUGCAGGUGGCGCGGCCGGAACAGAAGAAAAGAAAGAUUGAGUUUAUUCCGGUCGGUAGUACGGUUGAUCUGAGCAGAGUAGGGGGGCGACUGUACCCUCAUUUCUGUUUUCGUGAGGGCCAGAUGCUGGUGAUGCUAGUUGUAUUAAUAUGUUCCACUGAAUUUCUCUGUGUGCAAGCCCUACCUGGGUACGGGAAGACGCUAUUGUUCCAUGUUCCAUUGAUCGUUUUAAAGAAGAAGACUACACAGCCAUUUGUUUCCUUCGUGUUCGUGCCAUACAUCCCAUUGAAAGAGAACAUGAAGAUGAGAUUGAAACAGAAUGAUGCGCUGAAUGUGGGAGAUGUCAGUUCCCUUCUGCAUGGAGACUUUGGCGAAAAGGACCCGACGUAG